AUGGACUUAGCAAGUCAGGCUCACGUGCUGGUGGUCUUGCUCGCCUGUGUGGUCAUGCUAUGUCAGGCCCAGGAGAGGGACUACACGUUGAAGGAGGAGCAGCCGGAGAACGUCCGCAUCGGGAACCUGCGCAAGGACCUGGACCUCAACCUGGACCCCAACAUCAGGUUGUCCUCGCCGCUGCAGUUCAAGCCUGUGUACAAGACAGGUGACGUGCCCUUGGUGAGGGUGGAGGCCAACACAGGGGAGAUCUUUACCACCAAUCACAGGAUCGACCGGGAGAAGCUGUGCUCGGGGGUCUUUGCUGAGAAACGCUGCUACUAUGAGAUCGAGGUGGCGGUGCUGCCGGACGAGAUCUUCCGAUUGGUCAAGAUCCGCUUCCUGAUCGAGGAUGUAAACGACAACGCGCCCCUUUUCCAGUCCACUGUAAUUAACAUCUCCAUCCCGGAGAAUACAGCCAUCAACACUCGAUACCCAGUGCCCUCAGCAUUUGACCCCGAUGUAGGAAUCAAUGGGAUUCAGCAUUAUGAACUGGUCAAGAGUGUCAGCGAGUUUGGCUUAGACAUCAUAGAGACUCCUGAAGGGGACAAGUGGCCGCAGCUUAUCGUUCAGCAGAACCUGGAUCGCGAGCAGAAGGACACCUUUGUGAUGAAGAUAAAGGUAGAGGAUGGCGGCAACCCUCCCAAAUCCAGCACUGCCAUCCUCCAAGUCACCAUCUCCGAUGUCAAUGAUAACCGUCCCGUCUUCAAGGACAGUGAGCUGGAGGUCACGGUGCCAGAGAAUGCCCCCAUGGGGACAUCGGUUGCUCAGCUUCACGCCUCGGACGCAGACCUGGGUUCCAACGCACUGAUCCACUUCGCCUUCAGCAACCAGAUCUCUGCCUCAACCAAACGCCACUUUGCCAUCGACAGCUCUACAGGACUGAUCACUGUGAAGCAGCCACUGGACCGGGAGGUAACUCCUGUUCACAAACUCAUCGUCCUUGCCAGUGAUGGCAGCUCCACCCCCUCCAGAGCCACAGUGAUUGUUAAUGUAACAGAUGUUAAUGACAAUGUUCCCUCUAUAGACACUCGCUACAUUAUCAACCUGGUUAAUGGGACUGUUCUGCUGUCUGAGAAUGCUCCCCUCAACACAAAAAUAGCUCUCAUCACUGUUACUGACAAGGAUGCAGAUCUUUACGGUAAAGUAGCUUGCUACACUGACCAUGAUGUUCCUUUUCGAUUGAAGCCUGUCUUUAAUGACCAAUUUUUACUAGAGACAGCUGCCCCCCUAGAUUAUGAGACGACUCGAGAAUAUGCAAUUAAGAUAGUGGCUUCGGAUAGGGGGACGCCUCCUUUGAACACUUCAGCUAUGGUUUUAAUUAAAAUCAAGGAUGAGAACGACAAUGCACCCAUCUUCCCCCAGCCGGAAAUCCAACUUUCCAUACCGGAGAACAAUGACCCCUCUACACAGUUAAUAAAAAUCAGCGCCACUGACGCAGACAGCGGACAUAAUGCUGAGAUUAUUUAUACUCUUGGCCCUGAUGCGCCUGACGGGUUUAACAUAGACAGACGGUCAGGAAUUCUCUCCGUUGGCAAACGACUGGACAGAGAGAAGCAGGAGAGGUACUCAUUCACUGUCAUAGCGAGGGACAAUGGCUCCACGUCCCUGCAGAGCAAUGUCACUGUAAGGCUAAUCGUCCAGGACCUUAAUGACAACAGCCCAGCUUUCACACACCCUGAGUACAACUUUUAUGUGCCUGAGAACCUGCCUCUCUAUGGAACUGUGGGCUUAAUCACAGUGACGGACACAGACGCGGGAGAUAAUGCGAUUAUAACCCUGUCCAUUUUGAACGGAAAAGAUAAUUUCAUCAUCGACCCCCAAACCGGUGUGAUCAAACCCAAUAUCACCUUCGAUAGGGAGCAGCAAAGCUCCUACACAUUUAUGGUCAAGGCAGUUGAUGGAGGGCAACCUCCAAGCUCCUCCUACGCCAAGGUCACCAUCAACGUAGUUGAUGUGAACGACAAUCGCCCUGUGUUCGUCAUCCCAUCCUCCAAUUACUCAUAUGACCUAGUGCGAACCACCACCAACCCUGGCGCUGUGGUCACCAGAGUGUUUGCCAUUGACAAUGACACAGGUAUGAAUGCUGAGCUGCAGUACAGCAUCAUCAGCAGCAUCAUCAUCACAUCUAGAGUCUCCCCCCGAGGUCUCUUUGCCAUCGACAAGACAACGGGUAACAUAACACUGCAGGAGAAAAUAGUGGCAGCUGAUCAGGGGUUGCAUAGGCUGGUAGUCAAAGUCAAAGAUCUGGGUCAGCCUGAGUCAUUACAGGCUAUCGCACUUAUUCACUUGUUUGUCAAUGACACUGUGUCAAAUGCUACCUUUAUCCAAGAGCAGCUGCGAAAAAGUAUGGAGACACCCUUGGAUCGUAACAUAGGGGACAGUGAGGUGACACCUCAAGCCAACGGAUAUGUGAUUGUUGUCAUAGCAAUCAUAGCAGGGACCAUGACUGUCAUCUUGGUGAUAUUUGUGACUGCCUUGGUGCGCUGCCGACAGACACCCAGACACAAAGUGGUACAGAAGGGCAAGCAGAGUGGUGAGUGGGUGUCACCCAACCAAGACAACCGUCAGAUCAAGAAGAAGAAGAAGAGAAAGAAGCGAUCCCCCAAAAGCCUCCUCUUGAACUUUGUGACCAUAGAUGAAUCCAAGCCUGACGACCCCACCCAUGAGCAUAUUAAUGGGACACUGGAUCUCCCCGUGGAGUUAGAGGAGCAGACCAUGGGGAAGUACAACUGGGCCACAACGCCCACCACCUUCAAACCCGAAAGCCCAGAUUUAGCGAAGCAUUACAAGUCCGCGUCCCCUCAGCCUACAUUUCAAAUCAAACCGGAGACUCCAGUGGCCCCAAAGAAACACCAUGUGAUCCAGGAGCUCCCCUUGGACAACACGUUCGUGGUGGGCUGUGACUCACUCUCCAAGUGCUCAUCGACUAGCUCCGACCCGUACAGUGUCUCAGAGUGCAGCUGUCAGGGGGGAUUCAAGACCGCGGGGCAAAUCACCACCCGACAGAACCUGAGCCAGACACCGGAGAAGUCUUUCUCACCGCCCCCCAUGUGUCCUCAUAAGGAGGCCUGUCAACUUGGCAAGAUAACCUCUGUUAAUACCCAGCGCCGUGUGACAUUCCAUCUUCCCGACGGUUCCCAGGAGAGUUGCAGUGACAGCGGGCUGGGAGACCCGGAGCCGAGCAGCACAGCCAGCACCACCCAGCCUCUUCCCCUCAGCUUCCCCCAAGAGGAGUACUAUGAGCAAACAUCACCAAACAGCCGCACAGAGGGAGAUGGAAACUCAGACCCUGAAUCUACUAUCGAGGUGAACCUACAGAAAGCCUUGGCUGAGGCCUCUGAGACCUGUACCCAGGAGUGUCUGAUACUGGGCCACUCCGACAGCUGCUGGAUGCCCCCAGCCUUGGCCCAGUUCCAGGGUCCUGGCAGCAACAGCCCCACCUCUACCCCUAUUACCACCGCCAUCACCGGUACAAUGCCCUCUUUUGGCUUCCAACAGAGCUGCGCCCGGGGAGCCAAAGUUAACAUGGUCAGCAUGGGGGUCAUGGAUGGCCGCCAUACCCUGGGCAGGUCUGUGCCCAAAAAAGCUGAACUGGACAAAGGGAUCAACCGUCCACAGUUCUACAACACCCUGGAUAGACACUGCAGUAAGAAAGAGGACCCCAUCAAGGUCAUCCCCCUGGCGAGCUUCUCCUCUCCCGGGCAGCAGACGCCCACUGGAGGGGGCAGCGGCUCGUUCUUACAUGAGCACCAGUUGUAA